AUGAGCACGAGCAUACAUCCAUCACAACCACCAAGUAUCAAGACGCCUGAGAGCAUCGAGUUGCCGACGAGUAUCGAGACGCCUGAGAGCAUCGAGCUGUCGACGCUCUCGCGGCUGUCCUCGCGUGCAGACGAACCACCGUUGGCAUCCACGGCAUCCACGGCCUCCCCUCCGAAACCUACCACGCUACGCCAAGUAGCAAUCUGCGUCGCAUCGUUCAUGUGUAUCUUCACCACAUGCGGAGGCGUGUUCUCCUUUGGUGUCUACCAGGAACUGUACCAGAGAAUGUCAGAGGAGCCCAACACGCCUUUCACCGGUGCGAGUCCCGCGGCGAUCGACAUUAUCGGCACGUUGAGCGCGGCGUUCAUGACGAUUGGAGCGCCAAUUGCCAAUGCGUGGACCAAGCGUUUCUCGCCUCGCGUCGCCGUUCUCAUUGGUGCCGGGCUGUCCUUUGCAGCAGCAAUGCUCGCAUCGUACUCUCAACAUCUGUGGCAAUUCAUCCUCACCCAAGGCCUACUCAUGGGUCUCGGCACGUGCUUCUCAUACAUGCCAGCGGCGACUGUUGCGCCGAUGUGGUUUGGGCGAAGACGGGGUUUGGCCAUGGGUAUCAUCCUGAGUGGGACUGGCGUUGGCGGGCUCGUAUGGGCGCCAGUCAUGCAUGCGCUCAACGAGAACCUCGGCUUCCGAAACGCACUCCGUAUCUCGGGUGCGGUGACAACAACACUUGUCGCUGUUGGAGCCUUUAUCCUCGAUUGGGAUCCUGUGAGCAAAGCGCGCAUCGACGCCGAAAAAGCUCGCCUCGCAUCUCGUCCUCGUCAUUCACUCCGCAGUCUAUGGGACAUUCCUCUCGUCGACAUGCGUAUUGCUAAAACUGGCAAGUUUGGGGGCCAACUCUUGGCCACGUUUCUUCAAUCCGCGGCAUACUACACCCCCGUCUUCUUCUUCAGCGCAUAUGCCCGAACGCUGGGAUACUCUUCGCGACAAGGGGCGAAUUUCAUUGCAAUCAACAACGCGUGUAAUGCGCUCGGCAAGAUAUUCCUCGGCAUUCUCGCAGACCGUUUCGGUCACAUCAACAUGCUCCUCCUCACCACGGCCAUUUCGGCCGUGGCAAGCUUUGUCUUCUGGAUGCCAAGCACGUUGUUGGGCGGACACGACCUCGUCACUGGCCGCGGACUGUUCGUGACUUACUCGAUCAUGUACGGAACAUUUGCCAGUGCGUACGUCUCGCUAUUCCCCGCUGCUCUGGUGGAGAUUUUUGGCCCGCACAACUUUGCGUCGGUCAAUGGCAUCCUCUACAUGGCCAGAGGGUUUGGCACUCUUGCCGGCACACCUAGUGCUGGUGCGACGGUCCACUCUGGCUCGCACACUGCUGGGCCAAGUGCGUACUUUGGCAUGGCUACCCUCAUCAGUGCACUGCUGUUGGCGGCGAGUGUGGGCGUCGUCUGGGUACGCUGGGAGAACAAGCGCGCACCGAUGUGGAAGGCAUAG